CUACCGACAGUCUUGUUCUUGGAAGAUCGCGUCGCGCGCGUUCUCUGGUCGUCGAACACCGAUAAUUUUUUUUUAUUAUUAUUUAACUUCGUGUUUUGUUUACCGAAAAACGAGAUUUUUCGAUUUUAAUUUCCCAAGUAAACGGUUUUGUUUGUGGUUUUUUUUUUUUUGUAAUUUUUUGUUUAUUUUUUAUUAUUUAUUAAUUUUUUUUUUUUAAUACGCAAAUCACACCUGUUAAAUAUCUUUAUUGUUAUUAAUAUCAAACUCCCGUCAAUUGGAUAUCGUCUGCAGACUUCGGACGAAAAAGGUUUCGCGGCAACCAUAAUGUUGGAAACCGUCGUAGAGAAGAAAAUUCCGCCGCCGCUGCCGCCCAAGACCCGACGCGGUCUGAAGACGGGCGUGGACGGCGGAUGUGGCGGCGGUGCGACGAUCCUGCAGUCCAACGGUCACGUGGUGAAAAUCCGAAUAGACCCGAUGAUGGUCGACGGCGGAGGCGGCGGCGGUGACCGCGCCGAACGGGACGACGGGACGCGCCGCGAGGUGGGCCGCCGGUCCAGCACGGUCAAGAUAAACAUCACUUGCGUGGACCCGUUCGUGUUCCGCCGGCACUACUCGGAAGUGGACGACGACGAUGACGACGAACGAUCGGUGUCGUCGGGCCACCGAUCGCCGCUGGACAGCGGCACGGGCAGCGAUCUGGACACGGGCAGCCGCCGGGACGAGAGCGACGACGGGACGUGCAGCAGUUGCGACUCGCUGACGAGCAGCACGGCGGAUCCCGAGACGGCCGUGGAACCGGCACCGGGACGGUCGGUCGUCACCAUCGGCUCCGGUGCCGUCGUCGCGCCGCCGGUCGCGUCCCACGACGAUUCCGCGGGACCGCCGGCCGCGCAGACCUGUACGGCGGCCGGAGUCGUGGCCACCGCCGUCGUGGCCACGGUCGUCGAAGAGCUGCCGAAGCGUUCGACGACGCCGCCGCCGCCGCCGGUCGUCCACGUCCAACAGCGGUGCUACAGCGACGCGUCCACAGUGACGGCCGCCGCCGUCGCCGAGCGCAUCAUCGACAUGGACAACACUGACCAGUACUACAGCUUUCACAUGAACGAGAACGUGUUCGACGAAGUGGACGCGGCAGCCGUGGCCGCCGCCGCCAAGCCGUCGGACGACACGUUCGCGGGGUGCAAGACAGCUGCAGCCACCUCGGACACGAUACGCAGCGCCAAGGGCACCAUCAGGGGCGUCAAGAACCGCGUCAGGGCCGGAAUAGCGACGUUUUUGCAGCCCAAGACCAACAAGACAUGGCAGGAAAAAGAAGCCGGUAAAGUGGUUUUAUACACGACCACUAUGGGCAUAGUCAGGGACACGUACCAGCGGUGCCUUCAAGUCAGGCAAAUACUGAGGACUCAUCUUGUCAAGUACGUGGAAAGAGACGUCUUCAUGAGCCGAGAAGUGCAGAAGGAGAUCCGAGAACGUCUGGGCGGCGACACGAUUUCAGUGCCGCAGCUGUUUGUCGAAGGGAAUCUCAUCGGAGAUGCAGCAGCCGUAGACAGACUGAACGAAUCUGGGGAACUCCGAUCGAUUUUAAAACCAUUUAAGAGUCCGGAUGCAUGUACGACGUGCCAAGUCUGCGGAGGCUACAGGCUGCUGCCCUGUCCAAUGUGUAACGGUAGCAAGAAAUCCGUGCACAGAAAUCACUUUACCACCGAAAUGAUCGCCCUAAAGUGCAUGAACUGCGAUGAAGUGGGAUUAGUGCAAUGCUAUGCUUGUUGAAUGACAACCACGCAUAAUAUUAUACAGUAUUAUUAUUAUUUUGUUUAAUUGAUUACGCAAUGUGUAUCGUUAUUAUAUUAUACCGAUUAUGAUUUACAAUUGUAGGUUAUAUGUAUUAUAAUGUAUGUGUUUAAUAAUUGUCGUUAUAGUAGUUUGAAUUUUAUAUAAUAUAAUAAGUUAUAAUAUAUGUACAAUACGCUUAUAAGUAGGUACCUACCUGUAUUAUAUAUGUGCUAUUAAUCGAUGUACUGCUAUCUGUUUUUUUGACGCUGUUGGUAUAAUUCUAAAAUUUUAAAUUUCCAUUAGAUAUUUAGAAAACCAUUCACACACUUACCAAGCUUGUUUUUAUUCGAUUGUAAUCUAAUGAUACACAUAAUAUAUAUUAUAUAAAUCAUUUAUCAACGAAACAGUACAAUAUUAUUAUAUGAUAAUAUUUUACUACGACAUCCAUUUCUAUGUAAUUUUAAUAUAUAGCGAUCAACUGUUUAGCACCGUACAUGAUAUGCGUACGAGUAGGAACCAGCACAGAAUAUAGACUACAGCUGCUAUAUGUUUGUGACGAAACGAUUAUUUGUGAUAUCCAGCUGUACCUAUACAAUAAAGCUGAUGUACAUGUUUCUUAAAUGUAUAGUUUACAAUAAUAUGAUAUUAAACUUCUUUAAAAUCAAAUUUCCAUACAAUAUUCUAUUUAUACAAAUUUACGAUACUACACUUAAUUGACAUUUGUUUAAAGACUAUUUUAAGAACCUAUACCGAAUACGAAUCGUAUAAAACAGUAAUAUAAUAGGUGUUAUGUAUUAUGUAUACCUAAGUGAUAUUAUGUUGAUAUAAUAUACGCUAAAACAAAAUUGGAUAUACUCUUGUACUUAAAAUGAUGCACAAUAUAUUAUUAUCUGCCUACUAUAAAUAACAAUUUAAAACUUGAUACUUACUUUCGUAUGUUAUUUGCUAGGUAUAAAAUUUGAUUUUAAUAGCAUGUAUUUAAAAUGUGCAUCCAAUUUUGUUUAAAAAUUUAACAAGAUUUUUUUUAUUUAAUUUCAUUAUUUCGACAUGCAACUAUGAAUUUCACUAUAAUUAUUUGGGAAAAAAUGUUUAUUAUUUUAUUUAUUAAAUUUUAAAUUUAUAUUAUACACUAUGUUGUUUUUACACUAAAUACCAAAAUGCUCAAUAUUGUAUUUUAUUUUUAUCGAAUAUGUUAUUCUAUUUUUUAUCUACUAUGUAUAAGUAAAAAUAUAAACAGUUAUUAUAUUAUGUACGUAUGUAUAACUGAAGUAGAUUAAAUUGCAUCAAUUUUAUAUCAUUAUUAAAA